GGGGAAUCAGCCAUUUUGCCUCUAAAGAUAUGGUGAACAUCGAACAAUUGGGCGUUGACAAAGACGACAGGGACAACCUCAGAACCACGAAGAAUGCUAAUAAAGCAACCGAAAGUGCUGCUACCAGAGAUUUGGACAAAUUCUUUGACAAAUACGGGUUAGACGACGAUUACCAAGACGCGGGAGACGACUGGUCUUCUAGCGGCAUAAAAAACGGGAAAAAGGCGGGGAGCCGAAUUUUCGAUGGUAUUAAGCCCUACAGCGAAAGUACUAAAGAUGCGGACAUGGAUAAAUAUAAGAAAGGGGACAAAAUUAUGAUAAGGAUACCAAGGACGAAACCAACGCGGCUAGAACCCAAUUUUCUAACGCCAAAUCAAUAUCCUCCGAUCAAUAUUUCAACAAACAUACCAGGGACGAGCUCAAAUAGAAUUGAAGUUGGCGCCAAUCUUAGUUUUAAUGAUCCUCAAUUGCCAGAUAAAUAUUCAGGAAGCGAGUACAACGCCAAGCUACGCAAUCUGGAAGGCAAAUCGGGUAUUUCCAGUUCCGAUCUUUUCAGCGAAAGUGACGGCUUCAAAUCGGGAACUUCCAAAGGUUCUGGCAACCCUCGCAGGUCUUCAUCCAAUUUCUCCACGUCCUACAACAACGCUUACGAUUACUACUCAACUUAUAAGGACAUGUUGUCCCCCGAGCUUACCAAUAUCAAAGACGGCGUUAAAGAUGGGGUCAGCAGAAUAACCGGAAGGUUGACCAACAUGGCCAGCAGCGUGUUUAGUAAUAUUCAGGAUCGAUAUAGCUAAGUCAAUGAAGGUCGUCUCGAGGAACAUUUAUUGCUCUUGAAAUUCUCAAUCUUCGAUUACUAUGCUGAAUAUUUAGGAUCCCUUAAAAAGAGUUUGAUGAAGAGGAAAAACAGAAUGAUAAUAAUUUUAUAUUUGUAUUUUGUC